AGGAGAGGUGCUCCUGCCGGAGCUGUUGUUCGCUCAGCGUUGUGUGCCCAUCAUAUCCCACCAUACACUAUGCAAUGGCCGACGGUGUUGAAUUUGGCCACAUGUGUGUCGCUGCUGUCGCUGCUCAUCACGACCUACUACUACCUGAACAUGCUGACGCUGACCAAGAACCUCCAGCGCGCCAACACAUUCAACGCCAUACACGUCGAGUACGCCAGCCAGGAGACCCUCAACGCACUCGAAAUACUCGAGGAGUUCAUCGAAGGUCCCCACACAGACACACACACAGCGACAAGAAGUGAUAUCGAAGAAAACACUCUGUUGUGUUUUGUUUUGUGUGCGCGUGUGUCAGAGAAUGGUCGUGACAGGUACCCUCACGAGUUCCUUGACCUGAGGAAGCAGCGGGACGCAUUGGGCCGCAGAGUGGACAGGGCAAGGGUGAGUGAGCCGAGUGCGACACAUGAGACAGACCAUCACCCCACCCAACCCACCCGCAUCGAUAUCGUUCUUCUGAUGUCUUGUGUGUGUGUGUGUGCAGCGGCGGUUGGUGCACUGGUAUUCGCGGCUGCAGUACUUUUAUCAGUUCGGCUUUCUGACCAUAGAGAACCUCCGACAGUUCCCGGGCGUGGAAAGAGCGGCACACUUCAUCUGUAGGCCUGCAGGGCUGCCGCACAGACAGACAGACACCGAUGCGCAACACACACACACCAGCACAACACCUGUCUGUCUGCUCCUUUCCUCUGUGCGCAUUUAUUUGUGGCACUAGAUCUGGUGGAGCCUCUGGAGUUCAUCAGCCGCACGUCGACCGGCCGCGAGCAGUCGACGGUUUUCUCGUGGCUGCGCGACAUAUACCACAUCGACGACCACUACAAGCAGCACCGGCUGACCUCCCCCACCUGGAACUACACCUUCAUCCACACCACCGUCCACUCGUCCAUCCCCAACUCGCCAGACUACAACCCUUCGGCACAGUGGAACGGCCAGCCGCUGCCCCCAGGCUGCAGCUGCAUGUGCGCCCCGCAGCCACAUCCCACUGCCGGCGGCGGCCAUGGCCUCCCCCCUCUCUCAAUGGACCACCCGCACCACCUCCCCCCUAGUGGCCUAGUGGAGACGGUGCACCCCACCGCUAAUCCUCCCGCCCCGGCCAACCACGUGCCGGUUUAUCAGUCUGCGUCGUCAGCGGCAUCACCGCACGCAGGGCUGCACGUGCAGACGGGCGGCAGUAGUGGUGGCGGGGACCACCUGCACUCUCAUUCUCACCCUCACUCGGCACACCCGGACCUUUCAAGGCACGCUGUCAAUAUGUCAGCAUCGUCACCAUCGGCGAAAGCAGAAGGGUCGCACGGGGCCGAGGCGGGGAGGAAAGGGGAUGAGCCGACGACGGCAACAACACCGCCGCGAGCGGACACCACUGGCGCGCCGCCGCGACAGGCUGCCGAGCAGCCGUCUGUGCAUACCGAGCUGUGAAUGAAUUGAUGGGGUGGGGUGUGAUGGGCGUCGGUCGUUUGUGUAAAGGGGCAGAGGGUUGCUGGGUUGUUGGGUUGGCUGCUGCUUGUGUAGAAUACGGGUCGGUCGGCACGGGAUAGGGAGGUAGAGACAGGUCUCCUGGCCAGGAGGGAGAGGGCCUUUUUUCGUUUUCGAUUUCUACCCCUUCUCUAGGGUCAGCCUACCUAGUCCAGCUGGCUGCUGUGUGUACAUCUGUAUGUCCGUCAACACGACCACUACAGCCUGCCUUUUGCUCUUUUGGGGUACCUCUCCAUGCCUGCCUGCCUGCCUGCCUACCUGCCUACCUGUUUUGCGUGCGUGUAAUUCGGUGCUGAGAAGGAGAGAGGCGGAGAUGCGGAGGGGAGGGGCGGCUGGCGCAUGCCUGUCCACCAAGGGAUGUGGGUGAGGCGCGCCGGACGUCUGUCUGCCGGUGAGGGAGGGAGUAUAGUGAGUAAAGGAGUGGGGCGUUUUGUGGUGUGGUGUGGUGUGGUGUGGUGUGUGUCUGCGGUCAUGGCAGUGCCGACAUCAUUGCCACACACGUGACAGCAGCAGCAGCAGCGACGGCAGCGGCAGCAGGUGAUGGUGUGGUGUGUGGUGUGCCGAUGGUGGGUGGAUGCGCAACUCCAGUCAGGAGUCGCGAGUGCACUUAGUAUUGUCUUGCUGUUUGCGGGCCCUUUCCUGUCUUUCUGCUUGUCUUGUUCCUCGCGAUCUGGCGUUCAGCUCGAUGAGACACGCGUGGCUGCCGACGAACGUGUUUGGCGGCUGUUGUGUAUCUUCUCGAGGUGGAUGCAUGGUCAGGAGACGCGAGACGAGCAGAGACAGAGAGGGGGUGGGUCGGUUCAGG